AUGGAGCGCACGCAGUCGCUCCCAGUGGCGCCGCCGUCUGUGCUGGCAUCCAUGUCGCCUCCGUGCUCACCGCCGCCUCUGUGCUCUCCGCCGAGCAUCUCCAAGUACGUGGUGGGUGUAUGUGCCAUGGAGAAGAAGACGCGCUCCAAACCCAUGCGCGAGAUCUUGCGGCGCCUUGAGAAAAAGCGGCAGUUCGACGUGUUCGUGUUCGACGACGAAACGAUUGUCAACCGCCCCGUGGAGGCCUGGCCGGCGUGUGACGCGCUCAUCUCGUUCUAUUCAACUGGCUUCCCACUACAGAAGGCCGAAGAGUAUGUGCGCCGUGUUCGGCCCGUACUGGUCAACGAGUUAGGUAUGCAACACGUCCUGUUCGACCGUCGCAAGGUAUACGCACUGCUCACUCGACACGGCAUCCAAGUGCCGCGCCAUGUCAUUGCGAACCGAGAUUUACCCUGCGGUAAACAAGACGAGCUCAUUGAACACGACAACUACGUGGAGAUCAACGGCGUGCGCAUUAACAAGCCUUUCGUAGAGAAACCAGCUGAUGCGGAGGACCACAACGUCUACCUUUACUACCCAACCAGUGCUGGUGGAGGCAGUAAACGUCUUUUUCGUAAGGUGGGGGACCGCUCAAGCGAGUUUUACCCGGAUGUGAAUCAUGUCCGAAGAGAUAGCUCGUAUAUCUACGAGGAGUUCCUGAAUACACAAGGAACCGACGUCAAGGUGUACACGGUAGGCUCGAGCUACGGCCACGCAGAAGCCCGCAAGUCUCCUGUGCUCGAUGGUCGCGUGGUGCGAGACUCUGCGGGCAAGGAAGUCCGCUAUCCUGUCAUCCUGAACUCGACGGAGAAGGACAUGGCGAGGAAAGUGUGUCUGGCUUUCCAUCAGACGGUGUGUGGCUUCGACCUGCUGCGUGUUCGCGGCAGCUCGUACGUGUGCGAUGUGAACGGUUGGAGUUUCGUGAAGAACUCAAAGAAAUAUUACGAUGAUUGCGGACUCAUCUUGCACAAUUAUUUGGUGUCGGCACUGCGAUCGCGGUACUUUCGCCAACGCCGUGCCAAUUCGUUAACCUCGAUGGGUACACAGAUGUGUCCUCAGUACGCGACAGAGCCAAAUGUCAUGAGCAACGGAGGUCACGAUUGGCACAACUACACACGACCAAGUUCUGGGUCGGACGUCUCCGAAUCGAGCGUAGCUAGUGCCAGCAGUGCUGGCUAUCCACCUGACGACGAGAAUCGUGAGGAGCUACGCUGUGUCAUCGCCGUGGUGCGUCAUGGUGAUCGUACACCGAAACAGAAGCUGAAAACGCUUGUAUGGGAGAGGGAUCUUGUAAACUUCUACGAGAAGCGGCGUAGUGAACGCAAAUAUGAUGAGGUGAAGGUGAAGGCGGUCGCAGAUCUACAAGAGCUAUUAGAUCUGGUGCGUAGCCUCAUUAAGGCAUACGCGCCUGGUGUCGGCUCAAAGGACGCGGUGUGGGAAGAUGAAGGAGGUGACAGUUUUGAGAAGCUACUCCAGAUGAAACGCGUGCUAGAGCGAUGGAAAUUUGCUGGCAUCAACCGCAAGGUGCAGUUUAAGCCGCACAAGAGCUACGCUGCUGCAGCUGCAGCGUAUGCUGAAGCCCCGGAAGGAGCUGAGAAACCGAAAGUCCUUACGAUCCUGAAGUGGGGAGGUGACCUCACAGAAAGAGGUAAGCGGCAAGGAGAAGAGCUGGGACAGUCGUUCAGAAACAGUUUGUAUCCUGUUGAAGUCGAAGAAGGAGGUUUGCUUCGCUUGCAUUCGACUUUCCGUCACGACUUAAAGAUCUUCACAUCAGAUGAAGGUCGUGUGCAAAUGACUGCAGCAGCAUUUGCUAAAGGCUUUUUGGAGCUCGAAGGCGAUCUAACACCUAUCCUCGUGAGCCUCGUCACAACUCUGGGAAGAGAUGCCAAUAAAAUGCUGGACCACUCGGGACAAGCUGACGCUAACGAGGAGAUGAUGACAAUAAAAACCAAGCUGAGGGCUUUACUGCAGCGAGAUUACUCUUCGAUCGAAGAGAUGAAGGCUGUAAUCGCACCGUUGAAGACGGAAUCUAUCAUCCAGGCGCUGGACAUUAUAAAGAACCCGAAGGAAGCGCUGGUUCGUCUGCUAGAGCUUGUUCGCAAGUUUCGAACUGAAAUUGCUGAGCGUGUGCAAGACAAGCAGGCUGAUGAAGCGACUCCACUGUACAUGGGUGAGACCUUCUCGCUCAUGUUCGAGCGCUGGGACAAGAUCUAUCGCGAUUUCUACUCGACCAAGACAGACACGUUCAACAUGAGCAAAAUCCCUGACGUGCAUGAUUGCAUUAAGUAUGAUCUUCUUCACAAUUCGAGUGUCGGCUGGAAAUACGGCCUUGAGCUAUUCAUGCUCGCUGAGGCGCUUGCACGGUGUUAUGUUUCGCAAGAGUAUGGCAUGGAUAUUGCGGAAAAGCAGUCAAUCGGCAACCGUGUUUCGCAAGCACUCUGCGCAAAAAUCCGAGCCGAUAUCGUGACUGUCAUGUCGGCAUCAGCAGAACAAGAAGAAUCGUCUUCUUCCUCGAGAAGUCUGUACGGAAGUGGAGAUGCUGUUGAAGACGGCACUGUUGACCUCGCUGAUCAGGAUGUCGAGCAUCACGGAUACCGCUUGGACCCGUCGUACGCGAAGGAGCUGCGUAUUAAGAGUCCCGGCACUCAAGUUCGCACACGUCUUUACUUUACGAGCGAGAGCCAUCUACACACGCUAUUAAAUGUGCUACGUUUCCAGUGUCCUUCGUGGCGUGCGCGGCAUGAAGGCGGUGAAGACGACGAGUACGAUAUUUCGCUUGAGCAAGAGAAAUUCAGCAAUGAAAUCUUGAAGCGCAUGGGUAUCAGCGUCAACGACCACAUGACGCAACGCAAAUACGUUUUUCGCGAGUCCAAACUCAUCUCUGACGGGAGUCGACGUGCGUUAGAUCGCGUCGCUGAGAUCAACUACCUCGCCCACCUCGUGAUCCGUGUCUUUGAAACACCAUCGCUACCUCAAGACAGCGAGGACCGCUUUCGUGUGGAAAUCUCCUUCUCCCCAGGGGUAAAAGAUGGCCUUGCAGCGUUCCCCGAUGGCGCGGAAGGAGUGGAGGAUACGAUAUACCUUACGAAAAAUAUGACCGGUGUCAUGUUCGAAGACAUGCUAGCCGCCUGUGUGUCCUCCGUUCAGAGCACCUCCGUCUAG